AUGAUAUCACCAUAUGCGGCAUACGCAUUUGAUUCGUUAUUUGCGCGAUUGACACACAAAUCGCCUAUAGGUCUAUCCCGGCUGAAAGCACUGUGUGGGGUUGAGGAACAAGACCAACACUGCCCCCUUUUCGUGACUUGGAACACUAUCACCGAUGACGCAGAAGACAAGAGUCUGAGAGGAUGCAUAGGAAACUUCGGCAAUUUGGAGCUGGAAUCGGGGAUUAAAGAAUAUGCUCUGAUAGCCGCACUGGAAGAUACGAGGUUUGAGCCGAUUGUUCCAGAAGAACUACCUUCUUUAGAGUGUGAUGUGACUUUGCUUAAACAUUUUGAAAAGGCCGAUAAUCCACUGGACUGGGAAUUGGGAAAACACGGAGUAAGGAUCAGCUUCAGUUCUAGUCAUCAACAGUUCUCGGCCACUUUUCUCCCUGAUGUUGCUGUUGAACAGGGCUGGGAUAAAAAUGAGACCUUGGAUCAUUUGGUGCGCAAAGCCGGAAGCAGAGGUGACUGGAGAAAUCUGGAUAUAAUUUUGACAAGAUACCAGGGAAUCAAGACCUCCAUAACAUAUGGCGAGUACGUCACGCUGAGGGGUCAGCUUGGGCUGAAGUAA